AUGGUUCUGCUCCUAUUGCCUCCCUUUGGGGCUACUUUAUCUGCCGGUUCACCCAACAUCAGCACUGACCGAUUGGCUCUUCUUGUACUAAAAUCCCAUGUCACUUACGACCCUCGAAACUUCUUGGCAUCCAACUGGUCUACUUCUGCCUCUGUUUGCAAUUGGAUUGGGGUCACUUGCGGAUCAAGACACCAGAGAGUCACUGCUCUGAAUUUUUCAGCAAUGAGUCUUACAGGCACCAUUCCACCUCACUUGGGAAAUCUUUCUUUCCUUGCUUGGCUCGACAUUCACAAUAAUAGUUUCCAAGGCUCGUUACCCAUUGAGUUAGCUAAUUUGCGUAGGUUGAAAUAUUUGAACUUUGCUAACAAUAGCUUCAGUGGGGAAUUCCCGUCAUGGUUUGGUUCCUUCACUCAACUUCAGUCGUUGUAUUUGGAUGGCAACAACUUCACAGGCGUUAUCCCAUCUACUCUGGGCAAUUUGUCAAAACUAGAAAUAUUUCGGGUAGAAUUCCUAAUAGUUUAUUCAAAUGCAAAGAAUUGGUGUAUUUAUCCUUCCAUAACAAUUUUUGGAGGGAAGUUUGCCUAUAGAGAUCGGAAAUUUGACUAUGCUCAACCAAUUGUAUCUCUACAGGAACAACCUCGAAGGCUUCAUUCCUUCCUCAAUCUUCAUUCUGUCUUCGUUGCAAGUCAUCUCAUAUCGGAUAUAUUUGAUCACCUUCCUAAUUUACGAUGGCUUUAUUUGAGUGGGAGUCAAAUUUCUGGAAGAAUUCCAACAAGUUUGUUCAAAUGCAAAAGGUUAGAACAUAUAUACCUGGCUUCUAAUCAAUUGGAGGGGACUGUGCCUUUGGAAGUCGCCAAUUUGACUUCACUUAAGGUAUUGAAUAUCGGCGGCAACAACUUGAUCAGACGCUUUCCAACUGCACCACUUUCAUUGCAUUGGUUAUCUGUUUCAGAGAAUAAUUUAGUUGGAGAAAUGCCUUCCUUAAUUUGCAACUUGAGUUCCCUUCUAGGUCUUAAUUUGGAUAAGAAUAAUUUGGGUGGAACUAUUCCAAAAUGUAUUGGAAACUUGAGCUCUCUCUUAUACAUUGUUCUACGUAAGAAUAAUUUUCAUGGGAAAUUACCUGAAAAUUUUGCUAAAGGUUGUUCUUUGAGAAGUUUUGAGAUCAACAACAACCAAUUAGAAGGAUCACUACCACAAUCUUUGGAUAACUCCAAAGUUACAUUUUCCUUCACUCGUUUGCGUGUCAUUGAUCUUUCUCACAAUCACUUCAGUGGAUACUUACCGACCAAUUUUUUUGAAAAUUUGCAAGCCAUAAGGGAAAGAUGUGAAAAGAAAGUUAAGCCAGAGUACAUGAUCGAUGCAUCGGCUGAUGGAGUGGUGUAUUAUAUUCAAAAUGUUACUUUCACAAUAAAAGGGUUGGAAACAGAAUUUCAGGCACUAUUAACCACUUGGACGGUGAUUGACUUUUCGAACAAUCAAUUGGUUGGGGAAAUUCCUAAUUCACUUGGUGAACUUCAUUCACUUAUAGUCCUCAACCUUUCUCACAAUAGUUUAACAUGUCCUAUCCCAUCAUCUUUCGGUGAUUUGUCAGAGCUUGAAGCAUUGGAUCUUUCAUCGAACAAGCUCGAAGGAGAAAUUCUAGCACAACAAAAAAAUCUUGUAUUUUUAGAUGUGCUGAACCUUUCUCAUAAUUAUCUUAUCGGACCUAUUCCUCAAGACAAUCAAUUUGAUACUUUUGAAAAUGAUUCUUACAAUGGGAAUUUGGGUUUAUGUGGAUUCCCAUUGUCAAGGAGUUGCAGUAAUGAUGGGAAAUUGAAGCCAACACCGGCAACAAGAGCAUUAAGUUGGAAAUUUGCAAUGCUGAUGGGUUAUGGAUGUGGAUUGGUGUUCGGAUUAAGCAUGGGAUACAUUGUAUUCACAACUGGAAAACCAUGGUGGUUCGUCAGGAUGAUUGAGAGAGUUCAAUAA